GGGGGCGGGGUGCGGGUGCACUGAGCGGAACCCAAGCAUUGUACGAUGCCCUGGCAGAAGCAAUGGCGCCUGUCCGCUUUGAUCUGUCAAGAUGUCGACUGAUAAGAUCACCUUCUUGACCAACUGGCACGCUACGCCGUACCACGCUCCGCUCUACCUGGCCCAGGCCAAGGGCUAUUUCAAGGAUGAAGGCAUCAAGGUUGCCCUGCUUGAGCCCAACGACCCUAGUGAUGUGACUGAGAUCAUUGGCACCGGAAAGGUUGACCUUGGUUUCAAAGCCAUGAUCCACACCCUUGCCGCCAAAGCCCGCGACUUCCCAGUCCUGUCCAUUGGAAGCCUUCUCGACGAGCCCUUCACCGGCGUGGUGUACCUCAAGUCUUCGGGCAUCACCACCGACUUCCGCACGCUCAAGGGCAAGCGCAUCGGCUACGUUGGCGAGUUCGGCAAGAUCCAGAUCGACGAGCUGACCUCGCACUACGGCAUGUCCCCCUCGGACUACACGGCCAUCCGCUGCGGCAUGAACGUGUCCAAGGCCAUCAUCGAGGGCAGCAUCGACGCCGGCAUCGGCCUCGAGAACGUCCAGAUGGUCGAGCUCGAGGAGUGGCUCGUGGCCCAAGGCCGGCCCAAGACGGACGUGCAGAUGUUGCGCAUCGACGAGCUGGCCGAGCUGGGCUGCUGCUGCUUCUGCUCCAUCCUGUACAUCGGCAACGAGCAGUUCAUCACCGAGAACCCGGACAAGGUGCGCGCCUUCCUGCGCGCCGUCAAGCGCGCCACCGACUUCGUCCUCACCGAGCCCGAGAAGGCCUGGGCCGAGUACGUCGACUUCAAGCCCGUCAUGGGCUCGGCGCUAAACCGCAAGAUCUUCGAGCGCAGCUUUGCCUACUUCUCCCGCGACCUGAAGAACGUCAAGCGCGACUGGGAGAAGGUCACCAAGUACGGCAAGCGUCUGGGCGUGCUGGAUGCGUCCUUCGAGCCCAACUACACCAACGAGUUUCUCGAGUGGACGCUCGAGGCUGACUCCAAGGACCCGACUGGUGACCAGAAGAGGAUGGCGGCGCUGCAGAAGGACAUCGCCCAGGCUGGCGGUUUCCAGCGCCUCGAGGGCAAGGUUGGUGCUUAGCGAUGGAACACGUCAGCCAUGCCUUGCCUUUCCAAAGCGCAUUGGGCACAAGUCUCUGUGGUUCAGAAGGCGUCUUUCGUAUCCCAACUAUUACCGUUCGCUAGAAAUUGAUACGCUCGACGACACGGACCACUCACCCCAUUCCUUUUUGAGGCUCCCGCCAGCGCGAUUCGCUUGGGAUUGCUGGACUAGCGUAACUCUAAUCAGCCAAAUACAUGUCGGCUGGUAGUUCAAGAAUGCAUGACCUUCAUAAUUCGUGUGUCGAUGGUGUGUUGCUUCGAGGCCGUCGUUUCCAACAAUGUCAAGCUGCCCGGGUGUUCGAUGAUUCUAU